GUUAAUAAUAAAAUUUAGAGUAUUGUAUAAUCCAGAGUAUUGUAUCUAAUAGAUGAAGAUCAAAAAGAGCAAUAAUUAAGACAUUUGCGGAAAAGAGACAAGAAGUAGAAGCCAAGGAGAGCAAAGAAGGGAAAAAGCUGAAUUAUCAAUGACUUGGUCAGCUUUAUACCAUGAGCAUAUAGGGAAAUUUACAUCCCACUCAAAUUGAUGUUUUUGUUCUAAAAGAAAAGGUUAAUUUCACCCAUUACGUCAUCUACUGGUCCAGUGUCAAAAAAUAGAGAUAAAAGUUGUUUUGACCCACUUUGGGAAUUUUGCAAAUCUUACCCUUUUAAAUGUCAUCAGGAAAAAUAACAGACAUAUUUUGAUCAGAUUUCAAAUUCAAAUGGUUAAUUCUGCAGGCGUCCAAUGUCUAACCACAAACGUGUCAGUGUGACCUGUCACAUUGGAACACUUGAAAAACAAUUGAACAUAGCAAUCAUACUCUUAAAUAUAAAAUAACCAUAAGGGUACAAUCACCAAUGAAUACUUGAAAAUAUGAUAAGAAUUAAUCUACAAAGUAUGAGUACAUAAAUAUAUGAAAGCAAAAGUAAAACUUAAUAAAUCAUAAGCCAUAAAUGAUUAAAAAUAAAUAUUAAUAAAAGUGCAUGAAUAUGAAUAUUGACCAUUUCGGAUCCAUCAAUAUAUAUGUGUGUGUUUCAGUUAGGACACAUGAAUGAACUCUUAAUGAACUCAUACAAUCUUUUUACCAUAUUUGUUUGUAUCAUAUUUGUCACUGUUAAUUGUAAUACAAAGAUUAACUGAUAAAACAGUCUAUGCUCUUCUGUGAUUGUAGACAAUGCAGCGUCUGAACAGGACUUUUAUUUUGGAGUGAUGACAUGACGUCAAAAGACUGCGCCGCGAUCCUGCAUCUGCUGUGAUUCUGCUGAAGAAAGAUGGCGUUUAAAAAACAGGAGGAGAGUGAAGAUAUAAAGAUGGUGUUUAUUAAAGAGGAGACAGAAGAUAUGAAGAUUGAGUUUAAUAAAGAGGAGUUUGAAGAAAUAAAGAUUGAAGAAACAUUCAGUGUGAAAUAUGAAGAAACUGAGGAACAAACAGACCUAAUGGCACUGAGAGAGGCGAGUCAUGAACUUAAUGAAAGGGAUGAAGAGAAAAUUAUAAAUUAUAAUUAUAAUUUAAUGACUGAAGAAAAAUCAACAAAGUUUUCCUUACAAAAAGGAGCUCAAAAGACUGGAACUAAAAGUUAUUUCACAUGCCAACAGUGUGGAAAGACUUUUGAUCAACAUAGAAACUUUCAAGUCCACUUGAGAGUUCACACUAGAGAGAGUCCCUUCACUUGCCAACAGUGUGGAAAGAGUUUCACACAUAAAAAUCACCUUAAAGUUCACAUGAGAAUUCAUACUGGAGAAAAGCCUCACACCUGCAAACAGUGUGGAAAGAGUUUCAGUCAAAAAGGAAGCCUUGAAAUCCACAUGAGAAUUCACACUGGAGAAAAGCCUUUCACCUGCCAACAGUGUGGAAAGAGUUUCAUUAGAAAUGAAAACCUUAAAGUCCACAUGAGAAUUCACACUGGAGAAAAGCCUUUCACCUGCCAACAGUGUGGAAAUGGUUUCCGUGAAAAAGGAAACCUUACAGCCCACAUGAGAACUCACACUGGAGAAAAACCUUUCACCUGCCAACAGUGUGGAAAGAGUUUCAUUAGAAAUGAAAACCUUAAAGUCCACAUGAGAAUUCACACUGGAGAAAAGCCUUUCACCUGCCAACAGUGUGGAAAGAGUUUCAUUAGAAAUGAAAACCUUAAAGUCCACAUGAGAAUUCACACUGGAGAAAAACCUUUCACCUGCCAACAGUGUGGAAAUGUUUUCCGUGAAAAAGGAAACCUUACAGCCCACAUGAGAACUCACACUGGAGAAAAGCCUUACACCUGUACUCUGUGUGGGAAUGGCUUCACAGAGGAACGAAUCCUCAGGCAACACAUGAGAAUUCACACUGGAGAGAGCCCAUUCACCUGCCAACAAUGUGGAAAGAGUUUCAUCAGAAAUGAAAACCUUAAAGUCCACAUGAGAAUUCACACUGGAGAAAAGCCUUUCACCUGCCAACUGUGUGGAAAGAGUUUUAAUGAGACAAGAAACCUUAAAAUCCACAUGAGAAUUCACACUGGAGAAAAGCCUUACACCUGCCAACUGUGUGGAAAGAGAUUUAAUGAGACAGGAAACCUUAAAAUCCACUUGAGAAUUCACACUGGAGAGAAACCUUUCACCUGCCAGCAAUGUGGAAAGAGUUUCAGUCAAAAAGGACACCUUAUAGACCACAUGAGAUUUCACACUGGAGAGAGCCCAUUCACCUGCCAACAAUGUGGAAAGAGUUUCAUUAGAAAUGAAAACCUUAAAGUCCACAUGAGAACUCACACUAGAGAAAAACCUCAUACUUGUCAAGAGUGUGGAAAGAGUUUCAGUCAAAAAGGAAACCUUAUAGCCCACAUGAGAAUUCACACUGGAGAAAAGCCUUAUACCUGCCAACAGUGUGGAAAGAGUUUCAGUCAAAAAAGAAACCUUAUAGUCCACAUGAGAACUCACACUGGAGAAAAGCCUUUAGCUUUGAUUCAUUAAUUUCUAAAAUCAAAAUAAAAUUGAACAGCUCAAUAUUGUAAUAAAUCAAGGUCAACAUAACGGCCUCUUAAAUGUUAAAAGUGUGAAACGCUCACAGUUCAAACAGCUUACGCUACAUCCUAUGCCUUCUCUACAAGUUGUUUGUACAUGACGUCAGUGCUGCACACGAAAUGCGGCAGGUGGGCAAGGAGUGAUUUUACUAUAUAGGAAUCAAAAUUCCUAUUUUUUGCAUUGUUAUAGUUGCUCAAAUCUAUCAAACCGAGAAACCACAAUGAGCUUUUACUGUUUAUGUAACUUGUAUGUUUUUUUUUUUUUUAACUUUUAAAAAUAUAAUUUUGUGUCUGCUGAUACUGAAAUGAAUAUGGAACCUGCUUACUUCAUUUUUUACUUGGUUAAAUAUUAACAUUCUUCAUGGUAUCGUUUGCAGGGAAGAGAAGAUAUUUUAUCCCAUUGAAUGAUUAUUUAGUGUUUUCACUUCAGUUUUGUUGAAUUCGAUUUACAAUGUUGAUCUGGUUACCAUGAGAA